AUGCGACAUCGAGGAGAAGUCCCUCAGGAUUUCAAGGAGGCCACAACCGUGCAUUUCUUUAAGCGGAAAGGUAAUCGCAACCUCUGUGACAAUCACCGAAGCAUGUUCUUGCUGAAAAUCGCCGGGAACAUCUUAGCUCGCAUCCUUCUCAACCGCCCGAACUACCACCUGGAACAAGGUCUCCUGCUGCAAAGCCAGUGUGGCGUCCGCCGUUAUCGUAGAACCACCGAUAUGAUCUCUGCCGUCCGCCAACUGCCGGAGAAGUGUCAGGAGAUGCGGACCCACGUGUACUUUGCCUUCGUGGAUCUGACGAUAGCCUUCGACACGGUGAAUUGCGAAGUACUGUGCAAAAAUAUGCCAAAAUUCGGCUGUCCUGAAAGACUCACUGAGAUGGUGCGUCAGCUCCACGAUGACAUGAUGGAGCGAGUUACGGACAAUCGAGCUGUCUCAGAGGCAUUCGCAGUGACCAACGAGAUGAAGCAGGACUCCAAUCUCGCGCCCACUCUCUUCAGUCACAUGUUCAUUGCCAUGGUGAUAGACGCCUACCGUAACGAGCACCCUGGGAUCCGCAUCGCCCACAGGACGGACGGUUAACUCCUCAAUCACCAGCGGGUGCACUUCUAGUCGCCGACGACUGUGCUCUCGACGCCACCUUCGAAGGGGACAUGAAAAGGAGAACGGAUCUCUUCGCCACCGCCUGCGACUUCGGCCUGGUCAUCAGCACGGAGAAGACGGUGGUCAUGAAUAUACGGCCAGCUGGUGCUGCCUACUUCGCACCCCACAUCAAUGUGAACGGCUCCCAACUGCAUGCCGUGGACAACUUCACCUACUUGGGCAGCACUCCCUCUCGCAGCACCAAAGUCGAUGAUGAAGUGUCCCCGGAUUUCCCAAGCCAGCCAAGCCUUCGGUCGCCUGAAAAACACCGUCUGGAACUGUUACGGUCACCACCUCACCACCAAGCUGAAGAUGUACGGGGCAGUCAUUCUGCAGACACUGCUGUAUGAAGCGGAGACCUGGACGAUGUACAAGAAGUAGGCGGGGGACUCCAUCACUUCCACCUCAACGAUCUUCGACGGGUAUUGAAGCUGAAGUGGCUGGGCCAGAUCUCGGACAAGGAUGCACUGGAGCAGACGGGAGUCCUCAGCAUCUGCACCAUGAUGAGAUGGCUGCAACUCCGCUGGGAUGGCCAGCUCGUGCGGAUGGACGAAGAGCGGCCACCCUAACGGCUCUUCUACGGAGAUGUCGUCACGGGUUCCCCCCGACAAGGAGGCCAAGUCCGUCGCUACAAAAACACUCUGAAGACUUCUCUGCGGUGCCUGCAGAUCAAUCGGGCCAAUUGGGAAGACCUCACCCGAGACCGAACGGCCUGGAGGAGGACAGAGAAGACAGGCGCUGCGAUCUACGGAGCCAACCGCAUCACCAACAAAGCCAAACGCGAGGCUAGCAAAUCUCAACUGCGCCCACCCCGCCACGCCAACGCUUAA